UCGAGUUCGACUAAGUUAUAUUGUUUUGGAAUAAAAUCACAAUUUGUUAAAAUGUUUCUUGCUAAGAAUAGGGCAGUUGUUUUAGUUAAAUAUAGUGUUUUUAUUCCAUAUUAUAAUUCCUUCACUUGGUUAGACAUAACUUCAUGGUAUAGUACUAGAAUUGACCCUAAAAUAAAGGUGGAUGAAAUUUUUGAGUUUAAUUCUGAGACUACAGAAAGCAAUAAGAAGUUGGUGAUGGCAAAUUUAUCGGUUAUUAAUGAUUUCUUGUCUGAAACUGAAGAGAAAAGCCUUGUGGACGAAAUUGAGCCCUAUAUGAAACGUCUUCGAUAUCAGUAUGAUCAUUGGGAUCAUGCAAUUCAUGGCUUUAGAGAAACCGAAAGACUAAAAUGGAAUGAAUCUAAUUCCAUCAUAUUGAAUAAGAUAAAAUCUAUUGCAUUUGGAAAUGAUUUGACAUUACCUCAUACACAUAUUUUAGAUCUUGCAGAAAAUGGCUAUAUUAAACCACACAUUGACAGCAUAAGGUUUUGUGGAAACACAAUAGCUGGUGCGAGUUUACUCAGCGAUUCUGUCAUGAGAUUUUGUAAUGAUAAGAAUCAGUUUACGUUUUCUGCAUUACUGAAGAGGCGAUCAUUGUAUAUUAUGAGGUAUGGCCAUACUUAUGCGUUUUAUUUUAUUAUUAAAUAUAUUUUUUAUUUUAUUAUUAUUAUUUCUAGGGGACCGAUUAGGUAUGAUUUUAGUCAUGAGAUUUUGUCAAACGACGUCAGCAGUUUUCAAGGAAAUAAAAUUGUAAAAACAAGAAGAGUUUCAGUGAUAUGUCGAAGUCGUCCGGAACCAACAACCGAAGAAAACCCGCAAUGAUUUGCAUUACUAGGCCGCUUCGUAUAUAUGUAUAUACACAUUUACAUAUAUAGAUUUAUUUGUUAACGUUUAUCUAGUAUUAAUACUGAGUAUAGUAUUUGACAAAAUUUAUUGUGAUUUCUUGAUGUAUAUUUUUAUAUUGUACAUUUUACAAAUAAAAUUUUAACUGUUUUUUUGAAAUAUUUACGUAUUUAUUCAUCCAAAACGUGUUCUUCUAAGGAAAUGAAUCCCGGUUUAGCAUGUUGCUCUAGAAUAUUUUAGAUGCCAGAGGUAAGAAUUUGUGUUAUUAUGGCAGAUGAUU